AUGGGGUUGUCUUCUCUAACUGUAUCCAAUAAUAGGAAGCAUAUUGUAGUUGUGUUCAUAGGUUUAGUAUUUAUCUUUAAGAUAGCCUUAAUUUCUUGUGCAAAUCAGGAAAGCCAGAUUUACACGGUGCAUUUGGGUGAGAGGCAACAUAAUGAUCCUAAACUAGUUACUGAUUCACAUCAUGAACUCCUUGGAUCGCUUCUUGGAAGCAAAGAAGCUUCUCGUGAGUCUAUGAUUUAUAGUUACAGACAUGGUUUUUCAGGAUUUGCAGCGAAACUUACAUCAUCCCAAGCAAAGGAACUCUCAGAACAUCCGCAUGUUGUUCACGUAACAAGAAGCAAGAACAUGAAACUGCUGACAACAAGGGUUAGUGAUUACUUGGGACUCACUCCAACCGCUCCAACCGGUCUUUUCCAUGAAACCGAUAUGGGAAGCGACGCAAUCAUAGGAAUCAUUGACUCCGGAAUAUGGCCAGAGUCAAAGUCAUUUAAUGACAACGGCCUCGGACCGAUCCCGGCGCGUUGGAAGGGACAAUGUGUUUCAGGAGUAGGUUUCAACGCAUCAAUAUGCAACAAAAAGUUGAUCGGAGCUAAAUACUACGCAAAGGGUCUAACCCUAAAGUACAAAGGAAAUUUCAAUGCAGCGGAGAAAGAAGAGGCCAUGUCCCCUUUGGACAAAGUCGGCCACGGAACACAUUGUGCAUCAACUGCCGCAGGUUCUUUUGUCCAAGACGUAAGUUUCCUCGGUUUAGGUCACGGAACCGCGAGAGGCAGUGCUCCAAAGGCCCGUCUCGCCUCUUACAAAGUGUGUUGGAACAACGAGGAGUGUUUCGCACCGGAUAUUUUAAAGGCUAUGGAUCACGCUAUAGGUGAUGGAGUCGAUGUUUUAUCUCUUUCGCUCGGAUCAGAAAUACCGCUUGAUUUCGAGGUUGAUAGGAGUGAUUUCGCUAUUGCUGCAUUCCAUGCCGUUAUGAAGGGUAUUCCAGUGGUAUGUGCUGGUGGGAACGAUGGUCCCGAAACUCAAACCAUCUCUAACGUUGCUCCAUGGAUCAUAACAGUCGCGGCCACGACCAUGGACCGAGAGUUCUUCACGCCCAUCACUCUUGGAAACAAUAUAACCGUAUUGGGACAAGAAGGUAUAUACAUAGGAGAAGAAGUCGGAUUCGCUGAUCUUGUUUUCUUCGAUGAUUUGACCAAAGAGGAUUUUGAAGCUGGUAAAGCCAAGGGAAAAAUCUUGUUUAGUUUCAUUACAGACAAAUUUACAGACGAGAUGGCUGAAUUCGUGAAAUCGAAAGGCGUUGUUGGCAUCAUCAUCGCAACAAAGCCAAUCGAUUUGAUCGAACCGGGCGUUGCGGGUAUCGCUACUGCCCGGGUUGACUUUGAAGUUGGGAUGGAUAUUUUACUGUAUAUCCAAACAUCAAAAUUUCCUAAAGCUAAGAUCAGCCCAACUAAGACAUUCGUUGGUCGACCUUUGUCGACUAAGGUGGCAAGGUUUUCUUCUAGAGGUCCAAAUUCAAUAUCUCCUGCCAUUCUCAAGCCGGAUAUAGCAGCACCAGGUGUAGGUAUACUUUCGGCCGUACCAUCAGCGGCAAAAUACCAGUUCAUGUCAGGAACAUCGAUGGCUACACCUGUCGUAUCAGGAAUAGUUGCACUUCUAAGGCAAAAUCGCCCUGACUGGUCUCCUGCUGCGAUUCGAUCCGCUCUCGUCACAACCGCAUUUCAAACGGACCCAUCGGGAGAGCCUAUUGCAGCUGAAGGUUCCCCGCGCAAAAUCGCUGACCCAUUUGACUACGGAGGCGGUCUCGUGAACCCGGGAAAGGUGGCAGACCCGGGACUUGUCUACGACAUGGGCCAUGAUGAAUAUGUUCAUUAUUUGUGUUCAGCAGGCUACGAAGAUGUAUCCAUCUCAAAACUACUUGGAAAAAUCUACACUUGCCCUACCCCAACUCCAUCCAUGCUUGAUGUUAACUUGCCCUCCAUCACAAUCCCAUAUCUUAGUGAAGAGAUCACAAUAACUAGAACCGUGACAAAUGUUGGACCGGUCGGUUCGGUUUACAAAGCUGUGAUUGAACCGCCUCUAGGUAUAAACCUGCAGGUGAGUCCUCAAACACUUGAGUUCGGUCCCGAUACACACAAGAUUACAUUUACGGUGAAAGUCUCCACGACUCAUAGAGUGAAUACUGAUUAUCACUUUGGGAGCUUGACAUGGACCGACAAUGGAGCUCACAAUGUCAGAAUCCCUCUUUCUGUGAGAACAAGAGUUUUGAACUUCAAAGUCUAA